AUGUACAUUUACAUGUAGUAUGCGUCUGACAUUAAAUUUAGGCAAAUUGUAUUACUUGCAAGUCAUCCAAUGACUUGACCAAUCAACCAAGUCCUAACUGUGCCGGCUUAAAAGCUUAUUGAUAGUUGGAUAUACUGUAGGACACUCAUUAUAAGAUUAAUGACCCGAAGUCACCCACCAAUUGAAAUGGAAGACCAGGAACGCGACCCGCGGAUUGCGGGACAAGAAAACGACCCGAUAAUAGAGGACAAAUUGGACCGAUCGACCUCAUCCAAUGACACGAGGUUAUCAGAUGACCUUGCCAUCAAGGUCAAAUCGCGAAGGACAAUUGUCGUGGAACCAGUCUGGUUACUCUACACAUUGGCCUCGACGGGAGCAUCCCCAGUACUGACUCAAUACCUGUAUGCCAGGUUCGAACACGGCUAUCCGAUCUUGGUGAAUCAGUCCCACAGCGGGGACAACAUGACCAAGAACGACACAAGCGCCCUGUGUGCCGACACAAACAAGUCCGACCCCUCGUUCAUCGCAAUCCAAUCCGCCCAGGCCGAGAGUGCUCAAUGGAAUAUGUACCUUCAGUUAUGUUCAUCCAUCAUAGCAAUAUUUACCACUGUGAUUUACGGCAGCCUUUCGGACGCCAGAGGACGAAAGAUUGUCCUUAUUGGUCCCUGCCUGGCAAGACUGCUAAAAUACAUCAUAGAUUCUGUUGUGAUAUAUUAUAACUUGCCUCUGUAUCUGCUACUGAUAGGCUGCACUCUUGACGGACUUAGCGGGGGCUUCACAACCGUUCUCAUGGGAGUCUUCUCCUACAUCGCGGACACCACCUCCAAAAAACAGCGCAGUUUUCGGAUCGCAGUCUUGGAAGGUUGCAUGUGCAUCUCCAUGGCCUUGGCGGAACUCGGGAUGGGGUAUUUUAUCAAAGCUACCGGAUAUCUGUAUCCCUACAUGACAUGCACGGGAAUCAUGGGUCUAACAGUAGUCUACGUUGUGUUUUUCGUACCGGAGACAAUCGUCCCCGACAAGGCUAAAACCGUCUCAAUCAAGCGAUCGUUUCGAAACAUCUACCAUGUGUACACGUUCACCGAGAACAAACGACACAUCAAACUAUUCUUGCUCUGCCUCAUGAUAUUUGCCUUUUUAUUUUCGUUUGGUGGGAAGAGCAUGCAGACGUUAUUUGUUAUGAAUGCACCUCUCUGCUGGGGGCCCGUUUUGAUUGGCAUCUACAGUGCGACGAGCGGCAUGGUCUUGCAAAUCCCUGGACUCAUUGGACUGAAAUUGCUCAAAUGCUUGAAGGUUCGGGAGAUAUGGAUUGCAGCAGCUGGCGUUGUAUCCGCCACGGGCGGAUUGGUCCUGAAUGCGUUUGCCACGACAGACCUCAUGAUGUACAUGGUGUGUGCGAUAAACUUCCUAUCUAUCUUACCCAUACCUAUGUUCCGAUCUUUGAUUUCAUGCCAAGUCAAUCCGGAUGAACAAGGCAGGGCAUUCGCGGGCGUUGCAUGUGUGGAGGAGAUCUGUAUGCUCGGCAUUAGCUUCGUAUUCUCACUCGUCUACCAGAAGACACUAUACUUUAUGCCUGGCUUUAUCUUCCUGGUGGCCGCUGGCUUUGGUGUUAUCACGCUAUUCCUAAUUGUAAUAUACCGGACAGUUGAAAAAAGGUCCGCCGUCUACGUACUGGAUGAGGUGCUCCCCCCGGAGGAAGCAGCCGUCAAUUAGAUUAGGACUGAUGGGACAGCUCGUCAUAAGGCCCACAAAGUUUGCGGGCAUGGCUGCCUGCAUGCAGCCACUCAACUGAUCACGAUAUGUAUAGUGGGUAAACUCACAUACUGCUCAGGGAAUGAUGAAAUUGAUUGUACUCAUCAGGUUCACCAAAACGGCAACAACCCAACCUCGGCCGAUACCAUCGUAACCCAUCCUGGGAUUCAUUUUUUUCUCCCUACUCGUCAUUACAAUCGAGAGGCGGAUUAUAUUGAAAACGGAUGAUCGCAUCCACCAGGUCCCAAGUGUAAGCCAUCCUGACAAUAUCAGGCCAUUUCACUCGAUACAUGCGAAAGGAGAAGCCGUGUUGUAGGCCCUGUUUGCAAGAGGAUGAGUAGCCAGUUCCGAGCAACAGGUCCCGUUCAAAGUAUAGACACCACUUUAAAUUAUCUGUGUACUGGCUAGAAAUUGUACUGUGUAUGCAGUUGUAUUCUACCUCUCUAUUAACUUCACUCAUGGGACUAACAAUUUAAAUUGUACCUCUCUAUUAAGUAGCACACUCAUGGGACUGACAAAUAUUAUUCUUAAUAGAGAGGUGUCCUGAUUUGAGAGGUUCAGUUGAAUGGGAAUGAUGGAACUGUUUGGGAUGAAAAUAAAGGUUGUCAAUAUGAGGGUGUCCUGCAACAUACGUGCCGGAUAAUGGAGGCUCCAGUCCACUGUACUUGUAGUAUAUUAUCCCCCCAUUUGGACUUUUUUAAACUGCUGGAGAGGAACGGGGCAGAGCCUCAACUAUAACAGUCAUGUCAGCUCUUUGAAUAAACCUAAUGAUUGUAUGUAAACAGAGAAUGGUAUGCAACUUCAAUGCAAAUGUUUACUGUAUAUAAAACAAUAUUCUUGAUAAAUUUUAGAGAAGAUA